AACGGAUCCCUUGCCCUUCACACCUCGGCUCUGCUCUGACCUCACCUCCCCAAGGGCAACAACGAGCAGCGAGCAGGAGUGAGCUCGCCCCGCGCCUCCCCUUGCUGGGCGGGGGGCAGUCCUGCACCUGCGUGCAGGGAGUGAGAGAGGAGACUGGAAUUAGGCUGAGCCGCUGAGGCCCCCUCUCGCCUCCCCCGUGUCAAACCUCCCUUUCUCCGUCCGGUCGCCUCCCUCCUCCCAGUCCCACCCAAUCCGCAUCCCAUCCCGGGGCGAUGGAUUUGUCCAGGUUCGCCUCCGGCGUCGGGCCCAGCCGGCCGGCUCCGCGGCCGGACCUGCAGAUCGGCGCCGCCGGGAAUGCCUUCCGGAACUGCUCCCUGCGCCGAGCGCGGCACCGCAGCGGCGGCGGCGGCAUCUUCUACUUGGCUCCCAAGCACGGGAGCCCCUUCGUUUUCCGCAUCAGAGGGCGGCCGGCGCCGCUGCGGUGCCAGGGCAACGACUCGUUGGCAUACGUGGACGGACCAUUGGAAGGCACAAAGGGCUCCGGCGAGGUUAACGACGACGAGGACACCAGCAGCGGGAGGGAAGUCGACCUGGAUGCUCUGAGGGAGAUGCUGCAGAGGUCGAGGAAGGAGCUGGAGGUGGCCAGGCUCAACAGCACCAUGUUUGAGGAGAAGGCGCAGCGGAUAUCCGAGUCCGCCAUCGCCCUCAAGGACCGGGCUGACAGCGCUCAGCGGGAUGUGUCUGCGGCCGUCGCAAUGGUGCAGGAGAUCAUCAGCAAGGAGGCAGACGCCAAGGAGGCCGUCCAGAAGUCUACCAUGGUGCUGUCCAUGGCUGAGGCAAGGUUGCAGCUGGCAGCCGAAGCGCUGGAGGCGAAGAGGGGGUCCGUCGGGCCAAUGGAAGUUAGUUUCGAAGGCAUGGAGGAGGAAUCCCUUGCGUCUGCACAGGAGGAAAUUAAGGAUUGCCGAGCGGUUCUGCGGAAGUGCGAGGAGGAGCUGAGACACAUCCAGGACAAGAAAAUGGAGUUGCAGAAGGAAGUCGAUAGACUGACGGAGCUCGCCGAGAAGGCUCUCUUGGACGCAUCGAAGGCCGAAGAAGAUGUUGCCAAUAUAAUGGUGUUGGCUGAACAGGCAGUGGCUCUUGAGAUGGAAGCCGCGCAGCGUGCCAAUGAUGCGGAACUAGCGCUGAACAAGGCUGAGAAGGCCAUCUCCUCAGUUGAUACCGUGGUGGAGCUGCCAUCACCUGCUGAAGAGCAGAAAAGCGCUGAAGAAGAUAGUGUUUCUGAAGGGUACGAGUAUAGCAGUGAUGGUACGGAAGAUGUUUCUGUAAGGGAUGAGGUGUCAAACAUUGAGCGUCUAAUGCUUGGUGACUUAGCUGUUGAGGGCAUUGAGCAGCUUGAACCAUCCCAUGAGAUAUCUGAUGAAGCAAGCAGUGAUAAGAUGCUUGUUGAGCCUCAGAAAGAAGCUGAGCCUGAUGCAGAUAAGUCAAAACAAGGGAAGAAGCAGGAAAUGGAACGAAAGGAGUACACCAAGGAACCAUUGAGUGCUCCAAAAGCAUUGCUGAAGAGAUCAUCCCGCUUCUUCUCGGCAUCUUUCUUCUCCUCCAAAGUUGAUGGAGAAUUCACACCAACAUCUGUCUUUCGGGGGUUAAUGACAUCAGUGCAAAAACAGGCACCAAAGCUUGUUCUUGGGAUCUUGCUUCUUGGCGCAGGGGCAUUCUUCUUAAAUAGAGCUGAGAAGAGUCAACUAUUUCAGCAGCAAGGCAUUACCACGAGCAUUGGAGAAGUAACUUCCACAACGAAGCCCAUAGUUCGUGAGAUACGGCAAAUCCCACAAAGAGUAAAGAAGCUAAUAGAGCUCUUACCUCAUCAAGAGGUAAAUGAGGAAGAAGCUUCACUUUUUGACGUUCUGUAUUUGCUUCUGGCCAGUGUUAUUUUUGUACCGCUAUUUCAGAAAAUACCUGGAGGCAGUCCUGUUCUUGGGUAUCUUGCUGCUGGUGUCCUCAUUGGUCCAUAUGGGCUCUCCAUCAUUCGUAAUGUGCAUGGGACAAAGGCCAUUGCUGAAUUCGGAGUCGUAUUCUUGCUAUUUAACAUUGGACUUGAGCUUUCCGUGGAAAGGCUAAGCUCAAUGAAGAAGUAUGUCUUCGGCUUGGGCUCUGCUCAGGUGCUGGCUACUACUGCAGCUGUUGGUGUGAUAGCUCAUCGUUUUGCCGUAGUACCAGGACCAGCAGCAAUAGUUAUUGGGAGUGGUUUAGCUUUGUCAUCAACAGCUGUUGUCUUGCAAGUACUGCAAGAGCGUGGCGAGAGCACAUCACGUCAUGGACGUGCUACAUUUUCUGUGUUAUUGUUCCAGGAUUUGGCUGUGGUGGUCUUGUUGAUAUUAAUACCUCUCAUAUCACCUAAUUCUUCGAAAGGAGGGGUUGGUUUCCAAGCAAUAGCAGAAGCCAUGGGGAUUGCUGCAGUGAAAGCAAUAGCUGCUAUAACUGCCAUAAUUGCUGGAGGUCGUCUGUUGCUUCGGCCUAUUUACAAACAAAUUGCUGAAAAUCGGAAUGCUGAAAUAUUUUCGGCAAAUACACUCCUUGUUAUCUUCGGCACAAGUCUUCUUACAGCCCGGGCUGGGUUAUCAAUGGCACUUGGAGCUUUUUUGGCUGGUCUAUUACUAGCAGAAACGGAGUUCUCCUUGCAGGUUGAGUCAGAUAUAGCUCCAUACCGUGGGCUUCUGUUAGGACUUUUCUUUAUGACGGUUGGAAUGUCUAUGGACCCAAAGCUGCUUCUGUCAAACUUCCCAGCAAUCUCUGUGAUAUUAGGUCUCUUGAUAUUUGGAAAGACAUUGUUGGUUACAUUUGUUGGUAGACUAUUUGGGGUUUCUACUAUAGCUGCCAUUCGAGUUGGUCUCAUGCUUGCACCAGGUGGUGAGUUUGCUUUUGUUGCCUUUGGUGAGGCUGUCAACCAGGGUCUUCUAUCCCCUCAAUUAUCAUCAUUGCUAUUUUUAGUUGUUGGCAUUUCAAUGGCCCUGACACCAUGGUUAGCUGCUGGAGGGCAGUUUCUGGCAUCAAAAUUUGAGCAACAUGAUGUGAGGAGUUUAUUGCCGGUGGAAAGUGAGACUGAUGAUUUGCAAGAUCAUAUUAUUAUACUAGGCUUUGGACGUGUUGGGCAGAUCAUUGCCCAACUCCUGUCAGAGCGAUUAAUUCCUUUCGUUGCACUUGAUGUUAGAAGCGACCGGGUAGCAGUUGGGCGUGCACUUGACCUUCCAGUAUAUUUUGGGGAUGCUGGAAGCAGAGAGGUACUGCACAAAGUUGGAGCUGAGAGAGCUUGCGCUGCUGCAAUUACUUUGGAUACUCCUGGUGCAAACUAUAGAGCUGUCUGGGCAUUGAACAAAUAUUUCCCAAAUGUGAAGACAUUUGUUCGAGCACAUGAUGUUGAUCAUGGCGUUAAUUUGGAGAAAGCAGGUGCAACAGCGGUUGUCCCUGAGACCUUGGAACCGAGUCUUCAGUUGGCUGCAGCUGUUCUUGCACAAGCCAAACUUCCAAUGUCAGAGAUUCAAGAAACCAUCAACGAGUUCAGGAAUCGUCAUCUGUCGGAGCUCACAGAGCUGUGUGCUACGACAGGAAGUUCUCUGGGCUAUGGAUUUUCAAGAGUCAUGUCAAUGUCCAAAUCGAAGUCCUACGCCUCUGAUGACGAGAGUGAAACUGUUGAUGGUGCACUAGCAAUCUGAACUAGUUAUAUAAAAUGGCAUCCUUGAUGAUACCAAAUUGAUUGUACUGCACAGUAGAUAAUCAAUCGGCAAAUUUUGUUGCAUAUAGAAAGAUAGCGAAAUAAUUCAUGCAGCAACUGCCAUCAAAGUUAGCAUGCAAUUUUGUAUGAUAGAAUAGAAUGUAUAAAACAUUCGGUGGCACAGUGUGGUUGGAAACGUGAAACCCCCACUAAGGCCCCCUAUGGAUUGGGGCGGAUUUUAAGAAUCCAAAAUCUAUAAGCUAUUCAACUUCCAAGCA